CGCGUGCGAGAUGGGCGAGCAGUGGCAGCGGGCGCUGGCGCUGUUGAGCGAGAUGCGGAAGGCCAAUCUGGAGCCUAACGUCAUCAGCUACAAUUCUGGGAUCAGCGCGUGCGAGAUGGGCGAGCAGUGGCAGCGGGCGCUGGCGCUGCUGAGCGAGAUGCGGGAGGCGAACUUGGAGCCCGACAUCAUCACUACAGCGCUGGGAUCAGCGCGUGCGAGAAGGGCGAGCAGUGGCAGCAGGCUCCAGUACUGGUCAGCGAGAUGCGGGAGGCGAAGCUGGAGUCCAAUGUCGUCAGCUACAAUGCUGGGACCAGCGCGCGCGAGAAGUGCGUGCAGUGGCAGCAGGCACCAGCGCUUCUCAGCGAGAUAUGCGAGACGAAGCUUGAGCCCAACGUCAUCGCUCCCACAGUGCAAAAGCCCUCGCGCGCCAGAAGGUUCUGCGCACCAAUCGCAUUUUGUUGCCUCCAGGAGACCCUCGAGGCCGAAUGGCGCUCCGGGGGCAGCUUGGACAGCCCUGCGGGCCUCGAGCCACGCCCCUUUCACG